UCUAGAUUCCUCGUGACGGACAACCCAUAACGCAGACUCUACUGGCACAUGGUCUAGCCAUAGUUGGCGACGCGCUCAGCCUAAAGUCACGCCGAAAUGGAUGCUUCAAAACUGGUGAUAAUUGUUGCCACCUUGGGCUAUACAUUCUCCGUCGCCCGGGGUGUGCAUGUGUGUCACAUCAUCAAUGAGAUCAGUCAGGAGGAGGAGCGCUGCAAGAGCCGAGUCUCUGAGAAUGUCACAACAGGUCUGGGCUGCCAGGGUUCGUGGGAGAUGCUGGCCUGUUGGCCGACCGCCAGAGUGGGAGAGGUGGUGACCAUCCCGUGCCCUGUCUACUUCAGCCACUUCUCCUCCGGGCACAGGGGUAACCUGUCUAAGAGGUGUACGGCGGAGGGUUGGACGGAGAUGCACCCCCUGACCAUCGCGCUGAACUGCGGCUACAACAUGAACAGCAGCGCUGAGGAUGAUACGUUCUACCGCUCUGUGAAGGUGGGCUACACCAUUGGCCACAGCGUGUCUCUGGUCUCCUUGACGAUGGCCAUUGUGAUUCUCUGCAUCUUCAGGAAGCUGCACUGUACCCGUAAUUACAUCCACAUGCAUCUCUUCAUGUCCUUCGUCUUCAAGGCCAUCUCCGUCUUCAUCAAGGACGUGGUGCUCUACGCUCCCGACGAUGAUGACUGCUCAUCCUCAUCUAAUGGCACAGUGGGCUGUAAAGUGGUGAUGGUGUUCUUCCAGUACUGCAUCAUGGCCAGCUUCUUCUGGUUGCUAGUGGAGGGCCUCUAUCUCCACGCCCUAUUGGCUGUCUCCUUCUUCUCAGAGAGGAAGUACUUCUGGUGCUUCAUCCUCAUUGGCUGGGGUGGUCCAAUGGUGUUCUGUGUGGCCUGGGGUCUGGCAAAGGCCUACUUUGAUGACAAAGGGUGUUGGGACAUCAUCGAGCUGACUGACCCCUACUGGUGGAUCAUUAAAACUCCCAUUUUGGCCUCCAUACUGAUGAACGUCAUCCUGUUUAUUGACAUCAUCCGAAUUCUUCGUCAGAAGAUCAAUUGUCCGGACAUUGGAAGGAAUGAAUCCAACCAGUACUAUCGUCUGGCCAAGUCCACUCUGCUGCUGAUUCCACUCUUCGGCAUCAACUUCAUCAUCUUCGCCUUCAUCCCCGACCACAUCGACACCAAGCUGCGCCUCAUCUUCGACCUCAUCCUGGGCUCCUUUCAGGGUUUUGUGGUUGCUGUCCUAUACUGUUUCCUAAAUGGAGAGGUGCAGGGUGAGAUCAAGAGGAAGUGGCGCCGGUGGCAUAUGGAACGUUUCCUGGGCUCUGCGUCGGCGGCAAAGUACCAGCAGCCGCCUGAGGGUUGCAGCAGUGGGCCGACCUUCACCCAGAUCUCCAUGUUGCCCCGCUGCAGCCCCAAGGCCCGCCGAGCCUCGUCCUCCUGCCACGACCAGGAAAGCUCCGUCAUCUGA